AUGGGUGACGAACAAGAUGAAAAGAAAUCUCAAGAUAUCGACGCUAUUGACCUAGACCAAAACAAAAUUACGAACGGAAAAAUUGCUAAACCUGACGAUGAAGAACAACCAAGCGAUCAAAAUUUUUUUCAACGAUUUCGUGGGAAAAAAAAAGAUAAAAAAGUUACUGAAGUUGUAAGCCUUGCAAGUCUAUUUCGAUAUGCCACAAAACUCGACAUACUCUUUAUAUUAAUUGGUACUGCAGGUGGUUUAGCUCAUGGUGUUCUUAUGCCAUUAUUAAUUCUUGUAUUUGGUGGUCUUCUAAAUACAUUUACUGAUCGAGUAGCUGAUUUAUGUACACUGAACUAUACAGCUACAGCUAUUGAAUAUUGUCCAGCAGGUUAUGUAUUAACAUCAUCGAAUUAUCUUUCAUCAACAUCUAUUUGUAAUUUUACGUUUAAUGGUACUGCAGCUGAUUUUCAAAAUCUGAUAGUAACACAAGUCAAUUAUUUAGUUAUAAUUGGUUGUGUUUCUAUUGUAUUUGGAUAUCUUCAAAUAGCAUUUUGGAGUAUGCCAGCUGAAAGACAAACAAGAGCUAUAAGAGAAAAUUUAUUUCGAUCGAUUCUUCGAAAAGAAAUUGUUUAUUUUGAUACACAUAAAACUGGCGAACUUAAUACAAAAUUAACAGAUGAUAUAGAUAAAAUUCAUGAUGGAAUUGGUGAUAAACUUGGAUCGGCAUCACAGUUUUUAUCUUCAUGUAUUACAGGAUUAGCUCUCGGUUUUGCUAAAGGAUGGAAAUUAACAUUAGUUAUAUUAUCUGUAUCACCUCUAUUAUUUUUUGCAGCUAUUCUCAUGUCUAAACUUACUUCUAGUUUUACAGCAAUGGAAUUAAAAUCUUAUGGUAAAGCAGGAGCAGUAGCAGAAGAAGUAUUAAGUUCAAUUCGGACUGUUUUUUCGUAUAAUGGUCAAAAACGUGAAACGAAAAGAUAUGAGCAAUAUCUUGAGGAUGCGAGAACAAGUGGAAUAAAAAAAGGUGGAGCCAGUGGUUUUGCAUUGGGUUUGGUAUGGUUCUUUAUCUAUUGUGCAUAUGCAUUAGGAUUUUGGUAUGGAGCAAAAUUAAUUCGUGAUGAAAACUAUAAUAUUGGUAAUGUUAUUAUUGUAUUUUUUUCAAUCAUUAUUGCUGUGUUCAACUUGGGUCAAGCAAGUCCACAUUUUCAAACAUUAACUCAAGCACGAGCUGCUGCUUAUAUUGUAUGGGAAAUUAUUGAUGCACCAUCUAAAAUUGUUAGCGAUUCAGAAACAGGUCUAAAAAAAGAUGAUCUGAUUGGUGAUAUUGAAUUUUCAAAUAUAAAAUUUUCUUAUCCAUCACGACCUGGUGUUCAAAUUCUUAAUAGUAUUUCAUUUGAUGUUCAACGUGGUCAAACAAUAGCUCUUGUUGGAUCAUCUGGAUCAGGAAAAUCUACAUGUGUACAAUUAUUACAACGAUUCUAUGAUGCAGAUGCAGGUAUAGUUCGUAUUGAUGGACAUGAAGUAAAAGAAUAUAAUUUAAAAUGGUUAAGACAACAUAUUGGUGUUGUUAGUCAAGAACCAAUUUUAUUUCAAGCAACAAUUCGAGAAAAUAUCUUAUUUGGAAGAGAUACAGCAACAGAUGCUGAAAUACAUGAAGCAGCAAAAAUGGCUAAUGCACAUGAUUUUAUUAUGACUUUACCUGAUAAAUAUGAAACUGCAGUAGGUGAACGUGGUGCUGCACUAUCCGGUGGACAAAAACAACGAAUUGCUAUUGCUCGAGCAUUGAUUCGAGAUCCAAAAAUUUUACUUCUUGAUGAAGCUACAAGUGCACUUGAUAAUGAAAGUGAAAAAAUUGUUCAAGAUGCUUUAGAUCGUGCUGCUCAAGGUCGAACAACAUUAGUUAUUGCACAUCGUUUAUCAACAAUUCGUAAUGCUGAUAAAAUUGUUGUUAUGCAUAAAGGUGAAGUUGUUGAAGAAGGUGAUCAUGAAUCAUUGAUGGAUGCUCGUGGCACAUAUUAUAGUCUUGUUGAACAACAAAAUUUACGUCGAGCUGAAGAAGAAGAACAAUUACAAUUCGAAAAAAAAGAAAUUACCGAAUUAGUUUUAAAUCAUCAUACUGAAGAACUUCAAACAACUGCAACUAGAAAUCGUGCUUCAACUAUUGUUAGUUUAACACCAUCAGUUAUGGCUGCAUUAUAUGGAAAAAAUAAAGUUGGAACAACUGACGAUGAUACUGAUGAUGAUGAUAAAAAGAAGAAGAAAAAAGAAAAAAAGCCUAGUGCUGCUCUUAUAAUGCUUAAGAUGAACAGACCAGAAUGGAUAUUCAUAGCAUUUGGUUGUGUAGCAUGUAUAAUUAAUGGAGGUAUUCAACCAGUAUUUGGUAUUAUUCUAAGUAAAUUAACUGCGGUUUUUCAAAUAUGUGAUAAAAAAACUCAAGAAGAUCGAGUAUUACUCUAUAUACUUUUAUUUAUUGGUUUUGGUAUUUUAUUAUUAUUUUCAAUGUCUCUUCAAGGACUUUUAUUUGCAUUGUCGGGUGAAGCUUUAACAAAAAGAUUACGUGGACGAGCAUUUCAAUGUUUACUUCGUCAAGAAAUAUCUUAUUUUGAUAAUCCAAAAAAUAAUACAGGAGCAUUAUGUACACGUUUAGCAACAGAAGCAUCAGCUGUUCAAGGAGCUACUGGUAUUCGUAUUGGAACAACAUUACAAAAUUUAGCUGCACUUGGUACUGGUAUUAUAAUUAGUUUUGUAUUUUCUUGGCAAUUAACAUUACUUAUACUCGGAUUUGUUCCAUUGAUGGUUGCUGGAGGUGUCUUACAAAGUCGUUUAAUGACUGGUUUUGCUAGUAAAGAUAAAGCAACACAAGAAAAUGCUGGACAGGUAGCAAUACAAUCUAUACAAAAUAUUCGAACAGUUGUACAACUAACAAAAGAAGAUUAUUUUUUUGAAGAAUAUCGUAGAUAUAUUGGAAUUCCUUAUCGAUCAUCCAUAAAACGUGCACAUCUUUUUGGUUUCUUUUUUGCAUUAACAAGUUCAGUUAUGUUCUUUAGUUUAGCAGCAUUGUUUCGAUUAGGUGCCUAUUUGGUAGCGCAAGGUGACAUCACAUUUGAAGAUGUUUUAUUAUGUUUUAAUUGUAUUAUAUUCGGUGCACAAAGUGUCGGACAAACAGCAGCAAUGUCGCCAGAUUAUACAAAAGCUGUUGAAUCUGCUGAUAAUAUUUUAGAAUUAUUAAAUCGAAAACCAGCGAUUGAUAAUAGUUCCACGGAUGGUGAAGAAAUUCCUAAUUUUACUGGACAACUUGAUUUUGAAGGAAUACAUUUUAUAUAUCCAAAUAGACCUGAAUCAAUCAUUCUUAGAAAUUUUAAAUUAAAAAUUCAACCUGGUCAACAAGUUGCACUUGUCGGUACAUCCGGUUGUGGAAAAUCAACGACUAUUCAAUUAGUCGAACGUUUUUAUGAUGCAAAUGUUGGUCGAAUAUUAGCUGAUUCAAAAGAUGUACGAGCUCUUAAUCUACAAUGGUAUCGACAACAAAUUGGUUUUGUUUCUCAAGAACCAAUUUUAUUUGAUAUGUCAAUUAAAGAUAAUAUUGCUUAUGGUGAUAAUAGUCGAGAUAACAUUUCAAUGGAAGAAAUUAUAAAAGUAGCUCAAAGUGCUAAUAUACAUGAUUUUAUUCAACGUUUACCUGAAGGAUAUGAUACAAAUUGUGGUGCAAAAGGUACUCAACUAUCUGGUGGACAAAAACAACGAAUUGCAAUUGCUCGAGCAUUACUUCGAGAUCCAAAAAUUCUAUUACUUGAUGAAGCAACAAGUGCAUUGGAUAGUGAAAGUGAAAAAAUAGUUCAAGAUGCAUUAGAUAAAGCUCAAGAAAAUCGAACAUCGAUAACAAUAGCUCAUCGUUUAUCAACAAUACAGAAUGCAGAUAUGAUUUGUGUUUUACAUAAUGGUGUUAUAGUUGAAAGUGGUACAAGUCAAGAAUUACUUGCUCUCGGUGGUCGAUAUUAUCGUUUAGCUGUAGGAAAACUUAAAUAA